CGCCUCUUCCCUGCAGCCGCUGCAAGUCGCACCGAGCUAACAGCGGCUUUUGAGAGUAUGAUGCACCGUGGUGGACGCACCUGUGAGGAACGCUAAAGCCAGCCCGGCCCGCCUGGUGCUCCCCGCCCGCAGCCGUGUACAGCCCCGCCAGAACCGUAAACACUUGAUUGCUUUUUAGCACCAUCCUGGAUUUUAAAAGCUAAGGCUGUGUGGAGUUUACAGCUGGAUAUUAGUAGGUGGAUACUCCUGGCAUUGUGUUUAACUAAGUGAUGGAACUAAGAGAGGCCAGUGGAUCCCUUGUCAGCUCCAUUUCCCAGCGGACAACAUGAAGGAGGAAAUUCCUCUCGCCCUGACAGUCGGAGAAGUCCAUUCCAUAAGACCCUGCACUAUGAGUCUAAAAGUGUAAAAAAAAAGAAUAUAGGAAUCACCUCCUCUUGUCGGUCUUCUCUUUACCCCUAAGGAGGAAAACAACAAUUCCUCCAUACGACUACUGCCCUGCAACUACUGAACAGUUUACUGAUGUAAACAUACUGACCCUAAGACUGUUAACUUCGACUGUUCUCCUGCUACUGCCCUUUUCCCUUUAAAAACAUAUUUUUCUAAGAAAUAUUUAUCAGAAUAUAUCUCUGCAUAUACUGUGGAUAAAACUGGAUCAUUGAAAUUCAGUGCGACCCAUCCUAAGAUUUUAACUCCCCUUUUUGGAUUAAAAAAAAAUCAUUUGCAGCUAUGGGUCUUAUAGGUUUUUCUAUCAGACUGCAAGUAUUCCUCGGCACAUGUCUGGGACUGGACUUUUUAGGCACUCCAGGUCAGUGGGCACGCUACCUCCGCUGGGACGCCAGCACCCGUGGUGACCUCAGCUUCCAGUUCAAGACGGAGGCCUCGGAGGCACUGCUGCUGUACUUUGAUGAUGGAGGCUACUGUGACUUUCUGCAGCUGUCAGUGGUAGAGGGCCGAGUGCAGCUGGGUUUCAGCAUUGACUGUGCUGAGACCACAGUCGUGUCUGACAGACGGGUGGACGAUGGCAGUUGGCACUCUGCCACUCUGAGCAGGUAUAACCUCCGCACAGUUCUGGUACUGGAUGGCCAGGCUAAAGCAGAUGAGGUGCGACCUCAGCGUCUGUUCAUGAAAAUAGUCAGCGAUCUGUUUCUGGGUGGAGUGCCUCAGGAUAUCCGCAAUGGUGCACUCACACUGCCUACCGUGCGAAACAUGCAGCCCUUCAGGGGCACAAUUACAGACCUCAAAUAUGGCAUCUCGCAGCCCCUGUUCCUGGGAAGCUUUAUGGUGCCCCUGGAGACAGAAGGGUGGUGCACAGUGAACCCAUGUGAGAAUGGCGGUACAUGCUCGGUGGUGGAUGGACAGCCAGUCUGUGACUGCUCCAAAACCGAAUACAAGGGCCGCUUCUGCAGUGAAGAGGUCAACAGCAAUAUGCCAGGCCUUGCACACAUGAUGGCAGAACAAGCUAAAAGCAAAGGUACAGCUUUUUCGAAAUCUUUACUUUUCCGCCUCUAUGAAAAGCGCCGCUUGCUCUCAAGGGAAGAGAAUGUGGCCACGUUCCGUGGCUCGGAGUACUUCUGCUACGAUCUUUCCCAGAACCCCAUCCAGAGCAGCAGCGACGAGAUUACGCUCUCCUUCAAGACAUGGCAGCGCAACGGCCUUAUCCUUCAUACCGGAAAGUCAGCUGACUACGUCAACCUGGCACUGAAAGACGGCGCCGUCUCCCUCGUUAUCAACCUGGGCUCCGGAGCCUUUGAGGCCAUUGUGGAGCCAGUCAAUGGGAAGUUCAAUGACAACUCGUGGCAUGAUGUCAAAGUGACCCGCAACCUUCGGCAGGUGACAAUAUCCGUGGAUGGGAUUCUGACCACUACGGGUUACACCCAGGAAGACUACACCAUGUUGGGCUCUGAUGACUUCUUCUAUGUGGGUGGCAGCCCCAGCACCGCUGACCUGCCGGGCUCUCCAGUCAGCAACAACUUCAUGGGCUGUCUCAAGGAGGUGGUGUAUAAGAACAAUGACAUCCGUCUUGAGUUGUCCCGGUUGGCUCGCAUUGUGGACCCUAAGAUGAAAAUCCAGGGUGAAGUUGCCUACAAGUGUGAGAAUGUAGCCACUCUGGACCCCAUUUCUUUCGAGACUCCCGAGGCCUACAUCAGCCUCCCCAAGUGGAACACCAAGCGGAUGGGAUCCAUCUCUUUUGAUUUCCGCACGACUGAGCCCAACGGCCUUAUCCUCUUCACCCAUGGCAAACCUCAGGAGCGCAAAGACGCUGCCCGCAGCCAGAAGAACACCAAGGUGGACUUUUUUGCAGUGGAGCUGCUGGAUGGCAGCUUGUACCUUCUGUUGGACAUGGGCUCAGGGACUAUCAAGGUGAAGGCCACGCAGACAAAGGUCAAUGAUGGUGCCUGGUUUCACGUGGACAUCCAGAGAGAUGGACGCUCAGGGACCAUCUCCGUAAACAGCAGAAGGACCCCGUUCACAGCCAGUGGUGAGAGCGAGAUUCUGGACUUAGAGGGCGACAUGUACUUAGGGGGGCUUCCCAGUGACCGCACCAACCUCAUCCUGCCCACCGAGCUCUGGACUGCGAUGCUCAACUACGGCUACGUGGGCUGUAUCCGUGACCUUUUCAUUGAUGGUCGAAGCAAAGACAUCCGUCAGAUUGCUGAGGCACAAAAUGGCGCUGGCAUCAAACCCUCUUGCAACAAGCAACCAGGCAAGCAGUGUGAAAGCUACCCGUGCAAGAACCGAGGUGUCUGCAAAGAAGGCUGGAAUCGAUUCAUCUGUGACUGCACUGGCACUGGCUUCUGGUCACGCACCUGUGAAAGAGAGGCGUCCAUUCUCUCCUAUGAUGGCAGCAUGUAUAUGAAGGUGGUGAUGCCAACCAUCAUGCACACAGAAGCUGAGGAUGUCUCCCUGCGUUUUCGCUCGCAGCGGGCAUAUGGCCUCCUCAUGGCCACCACCUCCCGAGACUCAGCCGACACGCUCAGGCUGGAGUUGGACGGGGGUCGCGUCAAACUCACGGUCAACCUAGACUGUAUCAGGAUAAACUGUAACUCCAGCAAGGGACCGGAGACCCUGUAUGCCGGGCAAAAGCUUAAUGAUAAUGAAUGGCAUACAGUGCGAGUGGUGCGUCGCGGCAAAACCUACAAGCUAACUGUUGACGAUGAUGUAGCAGAAGGCCAAAUGGUGGGCGACCACACUCGCCUGGAGUUCCACAACAUCGAAACAGGCACAAUGACAGAGCGUCGAUUUGUUUCCAGCAUCCCAUCCAGCUUCAUUGGUCAUCUACAGAGCCUUAGAUUUAACGGCAUGCUCUACAUCGACCUGUGCAAGAAUGGUGACAUUGAUUAUUGCGAGCUCAAUGCCCGCUUUGGGAUUCGUUCGAUUAUUGCCGACCCUGUCACCUUUAAAUCCAAGAGCAGCUAUCUGAGCCUGGCCACUCUACAGGCCUACACAUCCAUGCACCUCUUCUUCCAGUUCAAGACCACCUCCCCAGACGGCUUUAUAAUCUUCAACUCCGGAGAUGGAAAUGAUUUUAUCGCUGUAGAACUUGUUAAAGGAUACAUCCACUAUGUUUUUGACCUCGGAAAUGGGCCCAACCUCAUCAAGGGCAAAAGUGACAGGGCAUUGAAUGACAACCAGUGGCACAAUGUGGCCAUCACCCGGGACAACAGCAACACCCACACACUGAAGGUUGACGCAACAGCCACUAGCCAGAGUAUCAACGGGGCCAAGAACCUGGACCUGAAAGGUGAUCUGUUCAUCGCAGGACUGGGUCCAGGCAUGUAUGGCAGCCUUCCUAAACUGGUGGCUUCCAGAGAGGGCUACCAGGGCUGUUUGGCGUCGGUAGACCUCAACGGUCGCCUGCCAGAUCUCCUUAAUGACGCUUUGUUUCGCAGCGGGCAGAUUGAGCGUGGAUGUGAAGGUCCCAGCACCACCUGUCAGGAGGACUCCUGUGCCAACAUGGGGAUUUGUAUCCAACAGUGGGAGAACUACACCUGUGACUGCUCCAUGACCUCCUUCACUGGUACACAGUGCAAUGACCCUGGGACGACGUACAUAUUUGGCAAAGGAGGAGGCCUUAUUACAUUCAAGUGGCCAGCCAAUGAGAGACCGAGCACCAGGACGGACAGGCUAACCGUCGGCUUCAGCACCUCCCUGAAAGAUGGCAUCCUGGUCAGGAUUGACAGUGCACCAGGUCUGGGGGACUAUCUUAUCAAGCAUUUAGAACAAGGCAAAAUUGGGGUGACAUUUAACAUUGGCACAGUGGACAUCAGUGUGCAGGAGAGCAGUACCCCAGUGAAUGAUGGGAAGUAUCAUGUUGUUCGCUUCACCAGGAAUGGUGGCAAUGCUACACUGCAGGUGGAUAACUGGGCGAUCAAUGAACACUUUCCAACAGGGAACAGUGACAUUGAACGCUAUCAAAUGGCCAAUAAGAAAAUUCCUUUCAAAUACGCCAGACCAGUAGAAGAGUGGCUACAAGAGAAAGGACGGCAGCUAACAAUUUUCAACACUCAAGCAACAGUCGGAAUUGGUGGUAGUGAUUACGGCAGGCCCUUUCAGGGUCAACUGUCUGGCCUUUAUUACAACGGCCUCAAAGUGUUGAACUUGGCUGCUGAGAGCAACCCCAACAUCAAGAUUAAUGGAAGUGUGAGGUUGGUAGGUGAUGUUCCCAGUGUGGCAGGCUCAGCCAGGACCACGGCCAUGUCUCCAGAAAUGUCCACUACCUUCAUUGAGACUACAACCAUGAUGUCUACCACUACCACACGGAAACACAGAUCCUCCUCAACUGUGCAGCAUACGGCAGAUGACAUUGUGUCAUCUGCAGAGUGUUCGAGUGAUGACGAAGACCUGGAGGAGUGUGAAACUAUCCAUGCAGCACUCCCCACAGAGCCGGGCGUCAGGCGAGUUCCAGGGCCCUCGGAAGUGGUCCGUGAAUCUAGCAGCACCACCGGGAUGGUCAUCGGAAUAGUGGCGGCCGCUGCCCUGUGCAUCCUCAUCCUUCUGUAUGCCAUGUAUAAGUACAGGAACAGGGAUGAAGGCUCCUACCAGGUGGACGAAAGCAGGAACUACAUAACCAACUCAGCUGUGCAAAGCAACGGCGCUGUCAUGAAGGACAAACAGCAGAGUUCGAAAGGCAGCAACAAGAAGCAGAAAAAUAAGGAUAAGGAGUAUUAUGUGUGAGUGUGAGACUUUCGUAAAGACGAGAGAGUGAAGAAAGAAAGUGCUAAGAGAACAUUGACUUUUCCUUGCAAGGAGCUAUGACACAUGAUGGUAUAACAUGGAACUUGAAUAAUCACAUACUGUGCUGAGUAGUUGAACUGAUAUGUACUGUAAUAUAAAGCACACUUACUAUUGUAAGCAUAACAACAAGGCUAAAUAGCAACUUUAGAGACCUUACUCUUCUAUCUGGUCAGAGACGUUAUCAGUAUAGAAAUAUUUCACUGCUACAUCAUUCUCCCAAGUGACUUUUAGAGCUAUGUGAUCCUUGGCAUUAAACAAAAAACUUUUUUUGUAAACUUGUUAAUUACAAAAGGCUCAUAAUCUUAUACAUUUUCAGCAUGUAAGCAACAUGUGCUUAACAAGAGGGUCAGGCACACCAUCAUUGUAGAAGUAAAAAAGGACUCUUCCUGUAUCAGAGUAUGACACAUUUUUAUGUUUUACACAUAAUACAAGUGUGGUGUCCAACUUAUAUUUGCUUUAAGCAAAAGGGAAAAAAUGACAAAAAGAACACUAAGAAAAGAAAACUAGUUCUGUGUAUAAAAUGAUUCCAAGUAAGGAACUUGCCAGGGGCAAGAUCUCCUAAAAUCUGUUUGCUGUGGCAUCCGAUUCACCACAAUUAUUUUCAGUGUUUGACAGAAAGAGUGACCCACUCAGAAGACAGAAGAAGUGGCUGCUCUCUAGGUAAAAAGCAGCUGAUUGUAAAAUGCAUGCCAUCCUAAUUCUACAGUAAAGUUCAGUAUAGUAAAAGUCCAGCAUACAGUGUUCAACUUGGACCGUGUUCUCUUAAUUGAUGCAAAAAGAGUUGUUCACUAUCAGAGCAGAACUCCUCUCAAAAAUGUUAACCAUGGAAAAAACGGUCUUUUAAAAAACAAAAA